GUGAAACUAGCAGACAGGCACUGAGAGAGAGGAGUAGCAUCUCGCCUCGCCAGCCAUUACCGACCAGUUAACAGCUGCGACACACUCACCCGACUGACAGGCUCCACUCCCUCACCGCUCUCUCGUCCAACUCGCCAUGCGCGUCCCAGUUGCUUCGCACAGUCACCGCCUGUCGUCCACGGAAAACCAUUCCGCACUGCGGUCCACUGGCGCUCAUCCCCUCGAAACCGCGCCUCGCCAUACUGCGACGCCACAUGUAUCCUCCCAUUUCUUGCUACUGACCGAACGCGACUAACUGAACUCCCCGCCUUCCUAAUCGACGACUCGUAGGCUCGGAGCCUGCAUAGCUCGGAGCCUGCAUUGCUCUGCGAAGUUACCUGGCAUGUCACCACCCCACGCACUAGAUUAUCAGGUCACCGCAAUGCGCGCUUAGAAACCGUAGCUCAGCGCCUGAGGCAUUUCGAUUGUCCAUAGCUCAUUUACCACCCGGCCAGCGGGAUUAAAAGCCCACGUGGAGCAAUUCCCUUGGAUAGACUGACCAACCUUACAAAAAAAAAAUAAAAAAAAAUCAACAGCACGAGCAUUUUCUAGUUUUCCAAAAACCAUCUGAUCAGAUUCCCUGUACCCGAAUUCUCCUACUACUAACGCCGCCAUGGAUGCGCGGAAUAAGCAAACCUCUAGCUCCAAGCCGCAGACGCCCAGAUUAACUGCCGCCACCUUAGCCGCCGCCGCCGUGGGCGGCGCCGCGAGUGGCGGCCCAGGGGAUUCGUCCUCCAUGCCUCGAACCGGGCAAGGCGGGUUGCCUAAUCUGCCGAUCGCGCUCGUCCUUAAUCUCGCAGCGCUCUUAGAAAAACUCGACGAGGCGCUUCUCCCCGCGGUGUACCGCUCCCUAGCGCCGUCUCUUAAUCUCCACUACUCCGCGCCGGCUUUCUCCCUGGGAACCCUGGCGUUCUAUCGCUGCCUCGUGCAGGCGCUGGCCGCGCCGCUCGCGGCGUAUUUGGCGGCACGGGGGGAUCGUGUGGCGAUUAUUGGCGCGGGGGCAGUGGCGUGGGGAGUGGCGACUGCUGCCGUUGGGCUGGCGUCGACCUACUGGGGGGUGGCGAUAGCCCGAGCGGCCAGCGGCGUGGGACUCGCCCUGGUGCUGCCGUGCAUCCAGUCGCUCCUCGCCGAUCUCUCCUCUGAGGACUGCAGAGGCACCGCCUUCGGCGCCUUCCAGGCCUCCUCCCAGCUCGGCUCGCUGCUGGGCGCGCUGGCAGCGUCUGCUCUGGCUGGGCGGGCGCUGCUGGGGCUGCCGGGAUGGCGAGCGGCGUUCCACCUUGUAGCUCUGCUCAGCGUUGCGUUUGGGCUGCUCCUGCUCUCCCUCUCCUCCUUCUCAGCGUCCUCCUCCUCCUCCUCCUCCUCCCAAUCUGCCUCCUCCUCCUUCUCGAGAUCCUCCGAAUCAUUCGUCUCGUCUGCUCUUGGGCUGUUCUCCCGUCCCUCCCACUCAUCACACCCCGCUUCUGCUUCUGCUUCUGGUUCUGCAUCUGAUUCGCUGCCUGUCUUCAAAGUAGCAGCUGCACCUACAGCGGCCUCCCUUCAGCUCACGCGAGAAAGCAGUGUGGGGUCAGCAACUGGUGGCACCACACUUGCAGCUUGGAGCUCGUCCGUAUCUAGGGCGGAUCCCACACCAGGGGUGUGGAGGGACGAGUCCCUCUCCUCAGCCGUGGGAGAUCUGUGGCUGAGGCUGCGCCACGUGGCGUCCAUCCGCACGUGCCAGCUCAUCAUGCUGCAGGGGGUGGUGGGCCAGGCCCCCUGGAGCGCGCUGCUCUUCCUGUCCAUGUGGCUCGAGCUCAUUGGCUUUGAUGCAUCGCGAGCAGCCGAGCUGGUAUCCCUCCUCUCCCUGGGUUUCCUCCUCGGCUCGCUCACAGCAGGGUGGGUGGGUGACAGAGCGGCCCAGUACAUCUCUCCCCUUGGUCUGGGUCGCAUUCUCUGCGCCAACAUCAGCACAGGCGCCGUCGUGCUGCUCUCUGCUCUCCUCCUCAAUGUCUUCCCUCCCUCACCUUCUGAAGCUGCUGCCUCUGCUCCGUCUGCUGCUCCUGCCUCCUUUGAAACUUCUGCUCCCUCCGGGUCCUCCUCCUGGGGCUUUCUGGUGCUCUGGGAGUCGGCACCGCACGCCCUGCUGUUCUGUUUGAUUGGGUUCGCAGCUUCUUGGCCGCUUCCCGCCUGCAACCUUCCCCUGCUGUCUGAGGUGGUUCCCACUCGUCUGCGCACCACAGCGUAUGCAGCCGACAUGGCACUGGGCCGACUCUCAGCAGCGUUCGGAGGGCCUUCAGUGGGGCUCGCAGCCAUUCACCUGUACGGAUUCUCCACCUCUGCUGCUGCUGCCGCCAUGGCCGGUCGCUCUGGCAUAGCCCUUGCUGCUGCCACCUCUGCUCUGGAAGCCUCAGGCUCUGGUUCUGCUGCUGCAGCAGCAGGAGCACAAGGGGCGUCAGGAGCAGGAGGACUAGCAGGGGUAGGAGGGGUAGGUGGAAUAGGAGCAGGGGAGGUUGGAGCUGGGGGAGGUGUUAUGGGGGCAGCAGGGGCGGAAGUUACGGGGCUAGCAGUGACGGCGGCAGCAGCUGCAGCUACUGCGGCUGCAAACACAGAGGCGCUUGCCAAGGGCUUGUUUCUGGCGAUUGCGGUUCCAUAUGCAGUGAACGUAGUGUUGAUUGCCGCGUGCUUCUGGGCUUAUCCUGAGGACCGAAAGCAUGCCUCUGUGGCCAAUUGGGUGGAUGACUCAAGCGCGCUCAACGGAGGUAGUCGUGCGGAUGGUGCUGCUGGUGCUGCUGGUGCUGGCAGCACUAGAACGAAGGCUGGCAAAUCGGGCAAGGGGUCCACAGAUACCAUGGCUGAGCUGAGUAUGGGUGGUGGUGUUGAGUCACAUGCUGUGCAGGGAAGACUGGAGCGUCACGAACGUCAUGAGCUGCAACAGCAUGAGCUGCAGCAUCAGCAUAGACCGUCACUAGGUGGGAAUUUAACAUCUGAGCCCGGGUCAAAUGAGACGGAAUUAAGUUCACUGUUAAGAAGGGUCAAUGUGUAAUCUACAUGUCCUGGUUGCUACAAACUGCUAUAAAGCAAUGAUUCAGGG